AUGCAGUGUGAAAAUUGUCAAAUCAAAUUACUAUCUACUGAUUAUGCAGUAAUUAAUAAUAAUAAUUAUUGUUUAAAUUGUCUUUCAACAGAUCCAUCAUUGCUUAAUAACAAAAAAUCAUUAUCAAAUCAUAAAACAUCAACAAAACAAUGUCAAGUAUGUUUUGAUGAUAAACCUAAACAAGAUUUCAAGAUAAAAUAUAGUAGUCGAUGUCGUCAUACCGAACGUACAAUAUGUGAUAAUUGUCUUUAUCAAUAUAUUAAACAAGCAAUGAAUAAAAUGUGUACAGAUGAUGUUCAUUGUCCUGAAUUAAAUUGUCGUAUUAAUUUUCAAUAUCCAACAGUUCAAAAAAUAUUAUCUAAUAAUAAAGAUCAAAAAUUAUUAGACAAAUAUGAACAAUUUAUACUUCACAGACAAUUAGAAAAAAUGCGAGAAUUUAUUUGGUGUGCAUAUGGAUGUGGAAUGGGACAAUUAAAUGAAGGUGGACAUAAAAAUAAUAUUGUUACAUGUAUUAAAUGUUAUAAAAAAACAUGUUUUACACAUAAAACAGAAUGGCAUGAAGGAUUAACAUGUGCUGAGUAA